AUGUCGUCCUUGGCUCUCGCCGAGGCGACACUAUUGGCGGUUCUCAAGGACGAUCCUUACCCAGCCAUUGUCGCACAAGACCGCAACAAGAACGACCGCGAAUGGAUGUUUAAAGCCCCCGAGAUUCCAAAAGUUCGUGCCCACUUGUUUGCACGACUCUGUCUUGCUGCUGCGGAGCACGCCGCCCAAGCCUCGUCUCUUUGCCAAGCUGCGGGGCGGGGUUCCAGCAAGAUCAACGAGGGACUGCUUCGCUAUCUCGAGGAUCUGCGAAGAACGUGUCGCGCAAAGGCUUGCCGUUUCUUUGGCAUAGACUCGGAGAUUAGUGGCCAAGUUGGCACAGCCAUCGCGUGGCUACAGGCCGGGCUCCAAGAAUUAGGCGUUGAGUCUAAACAUUCAGCCAAAGGUAGUGGCUUCAGCCGGUUCAAAAAGGAAUGGAGCGAGAAACGCGAGGAUCGCAAGGUCGAAAAGGAGACAACGUGGGGUGCGGACGGCGGAAAGGGCGAGGAGACGAGGGUGAUCGAGCUGCUUGAAGGGAAGUGGCACAAGCUCAAUGACACGAUGAACGUCCAGAUCGUGCCUCCGAUUGGUCCCUUGCUGGCUCAGAUGCCAUCUGGCCGUGAGAUACACACCCUCAAGCCGUAUCAUCCGCCAGUGUUGGAUCGCAGCAUCUUGGAAGCCAUGCGCGCGCCGCCUGAGAGAAGUGACGAUUACGGAGACGCCCUGAGCUCCGAUGACGAAGGCAAAGGUGUCUCUGGGCCACCUGGAGGAUAUCCUGAAUCGAGACCGGAUUACAGGAGCGCAAGCACGUCCUAUUACUAG